AGACAACAACCAGCUGCGCAGCGAGAGCAACGAGGGAAGAGCAUCUUCGGCAACAGAAGAUUGAGUGGAAGGAAGGGAUUGAACACCUAAUCACUGCCAAGAAAGUGGAAAAUUCCACGUUUUCGAGGAGCCAGUCCUGCAGCAGGAGAGCCAUCGAAUCUGCAGCAGGUCAGCGCGCAUCAUGUCUCAGAUGAUAUCUCAAGCUGGGGAAGAGGGCGGGGGGGAGCAAAAGGCCGUCCAGAGCAACAUCAAGAAGGACGAGAGGUUCGACGUGCGCUGGGAGGGCAUGCCCUUUAAGCACCGCAAGAUUGGCCGCGGGCCCAAGGCCACCUCUGAGAAGGUCUGCAUCAUGCCACUGUGGCUCCGCAACCUGUGGCCGACGUCGGAGUUCGACCCCUGCGCCGUCUGGGAGCAAGCGAAGGAGGAGGAGGCGGAGGAGGAAGUCGUCAGGGAGAAGGCUGCCGCUGCUUCCGCAGCGGCUAGCAAGGGCUCCAAGGGGGGUGGAUCGAAAGCUAAGAAGGGAGGUGGCGGCGGGGGCAAGCUUAGCAAGAAGGAGACCAUCCAGGCUGAGCAGGCGAAGAAACGUGCCGAGGAGACGAUCGAGAGGGACCUGGAAAAGCUGGGAAACGUGCUCAAGAUGCGCGAGCGCAGCAUGCUCUACAGCAUGAAGCUCGAGACGAAGCUCGGCCGGCUGAACCAAAUGCUGGAGAUCUUGGCGGACUCCCUCAAGGCCAACGACCCCAAGACAGCGUUCGACGUGCUGUGGGAGAUCGAGUCCUUCCCCCUCUUCCUGCAGGCGGUGGCGGAGGAGGUUGCCCGCGACGCGGACGCGGGGGGGGCGGGUGACGAGAAGGACAAGAAGAAGGGCAGCAAGGACAAGAAGAAGAGCAAGGACAAGGACGAGAAAAAGAGCAAGAAGUCUGCCCCCCGCAGCGCGCCCACCCAGCUGGUGUACGAGUUCAAGAAGACCCUCAAGGCGGCCCGCAAGCUAAGGGACAGCCAGGACAUGACCGAGUACCAGCUCGUCGAGAUGCACGACCGGCUGCCCCCUCUCUCCCGAUUCACAACCGGGUGGAAGCUGGAUGAGUGGCAGAAGCGCGUGCUGAGGCAGGUUGACAAGAAGAACUCGGCCAUCGUGUGCGCGCCGACGUCCUCCGGAAAGACCAUCAUCUCCACGUAUGUGACUGUGGCGGCGGGGGCGUCGGGAAAGAUCUUGUUCGUGGUGCCCACCGAGCCCCUCGUGUGGCAGGUGGCGGCCCUUUUCAACAAGCUUCUCCGAGGGCAGGUGGCGAUCUGCAUGGACCAGAUCUACUACCGACCGGAUAUCGAGCUUCGGACUAUCGUGGGCACCCCCAUGGCGCUCGAGACGGCUUUGACGAAGCUCAGGGGGGCCGUGGGGGAUGAGGUGGUGGGGAAGUUGGACUACACGCAGAUGAAGGGGGGCUUCGACUUUGAUUACGCCGUAUACGACGAGGUGCACUCGUUGGACAGCGAGGAGGGCGACGCUCUUCAGCGACUUAUCCGCGCGGUGAACUGCAACUUCCUCGCCCUCUCCGCCACCAUCGGAAACGCUCAGCAGCUCAAGGACUGGUGGACUGAGGUCCAGGGGGAGCAGGCCAGAGACCUAGAGGUGAUCGAAGCGCCGGCGGGGGCGGGGGAGGGUCGAAGGGGUUUCGUGCCUCCCUCGGGGGAGGUGUACCUGGAGGAGCACAGCGGCAGGUUCAUCAACCUUCAGCGGUACGUGUGGAUGGGUUCGACGUUCGUCAACCUCCACCCUUGUUCGGCCAUGUCGGUGGAGCUGCUGCAGAGCGGCAGGACGGAGGAGGUUUCCCUUUCCUUCACCCCUCACGACACCUACAAGCUCUGGGAGGCGUUUUUGGAGUUCUACCCGGAGGAAGCCGUAAAGGACCUAGAGCCAGCCGGCUUCUUCGCCAAGUACAAGACCAACCGCAUCUCGCUGCAGCAGGCCAAGGACUACGAAGAGGUCCUCGUGAAGAGGCUAGAAAAGCUGUCAAAUGACAAUCCCAAGGAAACCAGCGAUCUACUCCAGAGGUUCAACCCAGGAACGGUGGGUCCGGACGUGUCCAUCUAUGACGCGGUGAUCGACAUGAAGGACAAGGGGCUGUGUCCGGUGAUCGCCUUCCACCUGGACACCUUUAUGGCCCUCAGCCUCUUCAAGGAGCUCCUCAAGGACAUGGAGGUCCAGCAGCGCAACAAGUACCCCAACUGGGCGGAGGAACAGAGAAAGAAGGCGGCGGAACUUGCUCGAGUCCGAGCCAUCAGGGAGAAGAAGAUGGACCGCAACAAAAAGGAGGCGGAGGAAGAAGAGAAGGAGGGGGACGACGAGACCAGCGGUUUCGUCGAUGUCACCGCGCCGCACCCCGAGUUCGUGCUCUCGCCGCCGAACGCCCGCGUGUCUUCGAGGGAGUUCGAGGACAUCUGCGAGGACCUGGCUCCUCCGAACGGGAAGGGGGAGCUCAAGAACUCUCAGCACCCUUUCCUUCGGGCGCUCCGUCGAGGUUUCGGCAUCUACAUCGACGACGCGUCCUUCUCGCGGUACCGCCGGGUGGUGCAGCGGUUGGCCCAGCAGGGAAAGCUCUCCGUCGUCUUCAGUGACGAGUCGCUCGCGUACGGCGUGAACAUGCCCUUCCGGUCGUGCUGCUUCUGCGGCAGCAUGGACGGGCUUCUCAACCCUCUGGUGGCGCAGCAGAUGUCUGGAAGGGCGGGGCGCCGUGGACUCGACACGCAGGGAAACCUGCUGUACAUGAACAUGGCAUGGCCGAAGAUCCAGGGUCUCAUGCUCGGAGACAUCCCGGCCAUCGUGGGACAGGACCCCCAAUACCCUACAAUCGCUCUCCAUCACCCUCUCUCAGCGGAAACCCCCGGAGGCAUGAACUUCGUGGACGCCCAAAUGGGGAGACGAAUGGCCUCGAGAACUCUGCAAGAGUUCAACGAGAAGAUCCAGCCCGACGAGCACUACAUGGAAACCUCACAGGGCAUCAUGCGACAGCUGGGCUUCCUGGACGGUGACAACAACCUUAAGGCGCCUAGGAUGCUCCUUGUGGCGGUGUGGGAGCUGCGCAUGUUCCUUCCGGAGUCGCUCAUGCUGGCCCACCUCAUGGACACGUUCAUGGCGCAUUUCGUCCAUGGUCGGCACUCUGACCACGCGGAAAACAUCGGGGUCCAGGUCGAGUUCAUGGGGCUGCUGGCCAUGGUCGUCGACAGGGUACCCUGCAAGCCUGGGCACACCCCUCUUCGAGAGGUGAACUACUUUACCAAGAACCCCGAGAGAGCGGCCAGGAUGAAGUCUUGGAGCGGCAUCAUCAAGGACUUCCAAGACAGUCUCACUGGCAUGCCUGAGGAGGACAAGAUGCGCCUGCCCGUUCCGGUGGGAGAGCCGUUGGACAGCUCUAUCUUCCAGGUGAUCAGCGCCAACUCCUUCAAGCCGAUCGAGCCCGUGAGCUCGUUCGACAAGUUCCGCCUCAUGCGAAGGCUGAGAAAAAUCGGGGGCAUCCUGAUGACCCUGCACAACGUGCUCAUGAUGGAGGCUCCCUACGACCUCCUCGAGAAACUGUUCCGAAAGUGUUGCGUCAGGGUCAAGUACAUCAUUGCCGACCAGCUUGCGGUGGAGGCGAAGCAGGAGGACGAGUCGGAGUACGAGGGUGGAGGUGGUGCUUCCUACAACGGGGGGGAAGGUGAAGACGCCGCCGCCGCCGCCGCCGGUGCUGCUGCUGGAGGAGGGGUAGCGUAGACGAAGGGAUCGAGUUGAUGCUGUUGCUGCUGCUGCAGGAGGGGUGGGGGAAACAGAGGGGAGAAGUUGAAGCCUACAGUAGCCCAUCCCUCCUUGGAGGAGGGUGAAGGUGUUCCCUGUCCCUUGGGUGAAGAUAUCCUCUGGGUGAACUUGUCCCCUGACCCCUGGGUGAAGGUGUCCAAAACCCCUGGGUGAAGGUAUCCCCUAUCCCCUGGGUGGAGGUACUCCCUAUCCCCUGGGUGAAAGGAUCCCCUCUCCCCUCGCCUUGGAGGAAGGUAGGGUCAAGUGGCGGGGAACAGACGUCCGAGAUUAGUUAGCUAUGCGUUGAACGGUCUUUCUUUGUUUCGUUUGUGUGGUGACUGGGUUCUGUCGUUUGUUGGAAUGCAUUUUUUUCUCCAAAGGGCGCCGGGGGGGGGCAGGGGGGUACGAGAGACAAGGGCAUCGGAACUUCAUGUCGUGUUGUGAAGAGAAGUUGUUUGAAGCCGGAGUAAAGGACACAUGCGCACGUUGAGCCUCUUUGAUGACGGACGCUUCGGGUAGGAGCCUUUCUUGAGGGAGGGGGUAAUAGUUUUGUGCGUCGUGUGUCCUUGAGUUGUGUUUCUCGGCAGUUUUGUUGUCUCUUGCUGCAGGAUAGAUAUAUUUGGAGAAGACAUGAUGACUACAGUAGGGCGCGCACGCACGCGCCCGAGUCUCUGCGAUAGAGGGAGAAACCGACAGAGACUUUUUUUUUGAGAAUUUGAGGGCGGAGGCGGUGAGUGAUCUGGCCGCCUGUGGUGGAGUAAUAGGUGGCAUUCGGCAUGCGGGGAAACUGGCUGAGCCCCCCCCCCGCCCACAAGGAAGGCUGUAAGGCCAAGCCCCGUUGGUGGCAUUCCCCGUUCGGGCAGCGGGGGGG